AUGGACAUAAUAGUAACAGGCGCCGGCCUCUCCGGCCUCUCCACCGCUCUGUCCCUCCGGCGCGCGAACCCUUUUCACCGGAUAACCAUCCUCGAGCGAUCCUCCCAUUACCUCUACUCUGCUUCUUCCUCCUCCACCAUCAGCAGCAAGUCAUACACAUCAUCUCACGAAGUAGGCGCGGCAAUCAACGUUCCCCCCAACGUCUCUCGCUUCCUCUGCCACCCCCAGCCCGGGCGCGGAUGGGGCCUAGACCCACUGAAACAAAAGUUUGUAAAGAGCGAGGGGAUGUUGGUCGUCAAUCCGCAGACGAUGGAGCAAAUGGGACAAGGGUUGGAUCAUAGUAGGAAUGAAGAGGUUUGGAGGGGGGGAGCACUGUGGUAUGCGCAUCGGGUUGAUUUGCAUGGGGGGUUGUUGGGGUUGGUGGUGGAUAUGGAUGAUGAUGAUGAUGAUGAUGAUGAUGAUGACGACGACGAGAUCGAUGAGGUUGGUGAUGAUGAUGAUGGGAAUGAAAAGGAGGAAGUAAAUGGGGUAGAGAAAAAGGGGAGAAAGGGGAGAAAGGGGUGGGUGAGGAUUGAAGGCGGGAAAGAGGUUGUUGCGUUUGACCCCUCAGUACCCUCAGUGACCCUCUCCGACAACACCGUUCUAAUAGCAGACCUCAUCAUUGCCGCCGACGGGGUGCACUCUCGCGCACCUGAAUACGUCCUCGGACACCCGAACCAGCCUCAGAUGCUUCCUGAUCCGAAGCUAAAUACCUGCUACCGGUUUCUGAUUCCGACGGCGGAAAUUGCUGAUGAUCCAGACACAAAGUUUUUCUUGGAUGAGGAUCGGAAAGAGGCCAAGGUUUGCAGGCUGUGGCCGGAUGUGAAGGGGAGGAAGAGGGUGAUUGCUUAUCGGUGUCGAGGUGGUGAAGUGUUCAACUUCGUCGUCAUGCUCCGGGAUGAGACAAAUACUGCGAAGCGGGAAGACUGGCACGCCCCUGUCUCCAAGUCCGAAGUCCUUUCCAAACUGUCCGAUUUCCACCCCGGCAUCCUAUCCGUGAUCAACAAAGCAACAGACCUCAAACGCUGGCCCCUCCUCUACCGCCCUCCCAUCCCAACCUGGCACAAAGACCGGUUGGUUCUUGUCGGGGACGCUGCUCAUCCUAUGUUACCUCACCACGGCCAAGGAGGUGCCCAAGCAAUCGAAGACGGUCUCGUCCUCGGCCUCUGCCUGGGGGACUUAUCCAGCGCUUCUUCCCCCGAGGAACUCGAGCGGCGACUUCAAGUCUACGAAAAGAUCCGGCGCAACCGGGCUUCAGCUAUCCAGGUGAUGAGCAACGUUGGCUUUGACGAGGAGGCGCCGCGGGAGUUGGAGGUGUAUCUAAAGGAGGAGGGAUGGGACGCGGGAGUGCCUAAAAAUAUGAAGGAAGUGGUUGAACUUGAGUAUGGACCGGAUAUGGUGGAGAGGACUGUGAAGACGAUGAAAGACGAGGUUGAUGCUGGGUGGGAGGUACCGAGGGGGUUUUUCCCGGGGUUUAAGGGGCAGUAG